AUGUCGUCGUACGUGCAGGUGGACAUACGCGGUACGGGAAUGUUGUACAGCAGCAGCCUUGGCAGCAUGGCGGCGCCGGCGGCUGACAACGCCCCCGCCGCCGCUGCCGCCAGUGCAACGGCGGCGCCAUCAGGCCACCAGCCACCGUGCGUGCUACCGGAGGGGUUUGUCAACUCGAAGGAGUAUUUGCUGCACAGUUGGGCUGCAUCAGAAGGCGACGCAACAGCCUGGCCUACCGGCCUGCUAGCGUGCAGCUCCUUCCUAUACCGCCGGGAGGUGCCAACGGCCAAUGGUAACGACAGCUCCGAAACUCACUCCACCAGCACGUCCUACCCAACCGCUGCAACCAUUUCUACCCAGGAAAUCGAAACAGCUUCAAAACCAGUCGCGGCUUCAGAGCAGCAGCUAGCAAGGACAGCCGCAGAUGCAGGCGGGAAUGUUCUGGGUCUGUUAGCGUCAGGCAGCUGCGGCGGAGCUCCACCCCGCCAAAGUGUAGCGAGUACGGCUGUACAUGCAGGCGGCGUCGCCACAACGCUAUUGUUAUUUUCCCCAAGCUACUGGGGCUUCGGAACCUGCGUCUGCUUGCGGGUGCUGGGUAGUGGAACGAAAUCGGUAGCGGAGUUAGGGGCAGAAACGGCGGCGGAAGUGCCGCUGCCGGCGAGGUCGGCGGCGUACAUCCUCGCCGCCGCCGUCGAUAAGCCUACUCAGCCGUCGCCGGCAUUGGCGCCUGAGCCAGCGGCAGCGGCAGGAACAGCAGCCCCGACGGUGGAAGGUGGGAAGGUGCCACUUCGUGUAAUGUUGUCUGUUGUUAUCCCCGUUGGCAUUGCCGCGCUCUGCGGCUGGGUGGUACUGCUGGUGAUUCUCUGCAGUCGUGGCAGCAGCUGCAGCCGCUGGGCCGGGGCAACCGCCAGCACCAUCAAGCCAGCGGCUUUGCGUGUGGAUGUCGCGUCAGGGCCUUCCAUGGCGGGUAUGUGCAAUACGGCAGCUGCAGCGACAGCAUUAGCAGGAGCUACUUCUCCGCGCGUAUCUGGGGGGGAUGCUGGGGCAGCAGCUUUUGCAGCUACAGCAGCCGCAGCAGCGGUGACGACGCUGACCCGGGAGGAAGCCUUUCCGAGUUCCUUGUCCGCCACAAAGCGCUCAAAACCGCCUGGCUCCUUUCCCGCAUUGUUUGGAGAUAGCGUCACUCUAGUCGCGACGGAUGUGGAGGGCAGCACGGAGCUGUGGGAGUGGCAGCCCGACGUCAUGAACACCGCGUUAGCGCUACAUGAUAAGCUGGCUCGCUUGACCAUUGCCACAUGUUGCGGCUAUGAGGUAUACCUACGUAGGCAUCUGGUGAAGUGGGAAAUGGUGAUGAAGUCCUUGAUCAUCAUUAAAAACAGCAAACAAGUAGUAAUCGGUGGGGACAUGUCCGCAUUGCUGUCAGCCCCCCACGAAUCACGACCUAAUUGCUGCUAUGCGGUCUAA